AUGUCCAGUCCCAGCGCCUAUCAGAGACUCGUGCAGAGGGUAGCCUCGAGAUUGCCGGAUAAGGCGCGCGAAGUGUUUCUCCAUCCGGCUGGGCCAACGACGAUCUUCUUCUGGGCACCGACGUUCAAGUGGGGACUGGUGAUAGCGGGUAUCGGCGACAUCAAUCGACCCGUCGAGAACAUCUCGCUCAGCCAGACCUUCAGCCUCAUGAUGACCGGCUUAAUAUGGUCGAGAUACUCGCUGGUCAUCAUACCGAAGAAUUACAAUCUGCUGAGCGUCAACGCGUUCGUGGCGCUGACGAACGUUUACAAUUUCACGAGGGGAUACAUGUACCAAGUGCAACAGCAGCAGCAAGGAGAUCCGAAGAAGAGAGAUAAAAAAAAAUAAAAUUCUUUUUUUACAAUG